AAGGUAUUUUAAGACUCCGUGAUUUAGAGUCUCUCGAAGGUAUAUAGUUUCUGAGACACUCAAUGGACGGUGUGGGUAGAUCUGGAGAUUCCUUGGACACUCUGUGGAGUCUUUGAGGAUGAUUUGUUGCCUCUUCUGAUGCCACCUGGGUGUGUCAUGCCUCCUUCGCCUACAUGGAGAAGGGGGUCAUUUGGGAGGGGGGUGCUCAACCCUGGCACCCCUCGGGCAGAUUUUCGCCUGGAUGUGACUAGGGUGAAUGAGAACAGAAGCACGGACAGACGGACAUCAGCUGGACAUAGAUGUCCGAACCUCGGACCGACAAGGCAGGAUACACAAUUAUUCUUCAGACAGACUGGGCGAGCUAGGGUUAGCGACAGGCGACUAGGAAAGGCGCGAGAAUCUCACAGGAGUACAUCCGUCCCUCCAAAAACAGCGCCAUCUUUAAUUCCGUUUGGCUCCCUUUCGACAAAGUCACAUGACCCAGACAGUGUCAGUGUUAGGAGCAAUGACUCUCGGUCAAGUGCAAACGGAAGCUCUCAACGGUUAUGUGUGACGUCACUUGUGCUAAGGAAAGAUAACUCCUCUGCCUUGAAUUCUCGACAGGGUACGUUUGUAAGAAGCAAGACUGAAUAUUACGAUUAUGCGUCUUCCAAUGGAAUGUUGACUUCGCCUCGACGGAGAAUGUACAAGAGGAGUGACAGAGUUAUCGUUCCUUCCAAAUAUGGCUACCACCCUCGAAGCCAUUCGCCGACCUUCAAAUGCCUUAUUCAAGCCUCGGAUAAGUUAAGUCGUCUGCUAGGCACGGUGACCCGGUCAGUGGUCACGUCUACAGCCUCCUCAGACACAGAUGGGACCAGUGCUCAGGAUAGUUCGACCCUUGACGACACAGACAGUCAGUCCAAUCAGUCGUUAGACCUGUAUGACGUCGCGAUUAAAUCAUAUAAAGGUUAUAGGUCAAGUCAUGACCCAAGGUCAGAGUUCAAAGGUUUCGAAUCUGAUCGUCCAAUAGGAAAACAUCACGUGACACCUCGAACGUUCUCGGAUAAUAUCAAAGUGGCUUACAGACAAAAUGGCGUUCAGGGUACUGAGUUGCAUUUAUUUUUACCAAAUAUUGUGCCUAGUUCCGGCGACUGCAACGACCAGUCUCCAGAACCUCAAAGUGAUCAGGAGACCGAUACAAUGUCUUCCAAGGCAUUGCCAACGUUGAACAACAAAUUAAACUAUCUGAACUCAACAAAACCCGGCAACGGAAUUCCCAAACGGACUCGUGUAAUAUCGAGGCGUACUUUGUCUCCUGCGAAACCCCUUAAUAAGGAUAAGCAACGAAAAAGCCGUAACUUUGAAGAAAGAGAGCCAUUUAUUCGGGGAGAAAGUCUGAAAGAAAGACUGGACGAUUUUCCAACGUUAGUUUCUUUGGAUACCAGCUAACACAUUUCUUCUGACAUGUCUUCACCGAGGUCGCUCUUGUUUGUUCUUCUGUAGAUUGGUAAUCAAAUUAGCGAAAGAGUGUCAUAUCCAGCACAGUUUCUUUAAACUUGAUGUUCAGCGGAGCGGUAGGCUGGUGGUUGAGUGAGUGAGUAUGGUUUUACGCGGCUUUUAGGAAUAUUCGAGCAAAAUAACGGCGGGGGACACCAGAAAUGGGUUUCACACAUUGUACCCAUGUUGGGAAUCGAACUGGGUCUUCGGCGUGACAAGCGAACGCUUUAAACCACUGGGCUACCCGACCGCCCCGCUAGUAGUUGAUGCCCCAAAUGGGUACAGUGCGUGGAUCAAAUUUCUGGUGUCCAUCACCGUGAUAAUGGUGGAAUAUUGCUGAUAACUGCGUAAGACCACUUCCACCAACUCUCAUUAGUGUAAAGUAAAACGGUUAAGGAUAUAACUAAAUUAAAACAUUAGUUGGCCCAGAUAUAUUUUAUCGCGUCAAUUCCAGUUUUGAUUGGGAGACGUUUUCAGCCACCAAAAAGGAUACCGUGAAAAGGGAAUAAAUAACCCAACCCAAGUCAAAAUGUGGCUCAUAUUUUAAGAGCGAUGCCGUAUGUUCUCAACUCAACUUGAAGAGUUUAACAUUCCCUCAAACUUGGCAAGCAAAUUGCAACAUCCUAUUUGGUAAAAAUGCAGACUAGCUAAGGCCAGGUUCACACAGUGCCGAUUAUGGCUCCCGUUUGAGAUCAGACAGCGCUACAACACGAAAAGUGAAAGAGUCGAUUACUUGGUUGGCUGGUUGGCUUGUUGUUUAGCGCCGCACUCAGCAAUAUUCCAGCUAUAUGACGGCGGGCUGUAAAUAAUCGGGU